AUGUCUCCUAAAACAGCUAAGAGAAGGGCUAGUAGGAAAUACUCUGGAGCUAGGAGAAAACAUGUGCUAAAGGAGGGGCUUGGUGGGCGAGAUAUGCAGGGGGAGAAUAGUGGGUCUGGGCCAGAGCUGGGAGGCCCAAGAACCUCCAGACAACAUGGGCCUGGGAGGCAGAAUACAACAAAUGCUACUAAUGGAGCUGAAGACCAUGUACCAGACCCAACUGCAGUAGAGCAAGAUAGUGAGUAUGAGAAACCUUAUGAGUAUGAAAGUGAAGUGUUCAACAGUCCAGUUUCAUCUGGAGAUGAUGGUACUACAGCCUAUGAUACUUUUGAUGAGGACACUAAAUAUGGUGAGGUCCAGUUUAAGGUUGGACAGUUGUUCCCCACCAUGGAGUCAUUCAAGAAGGCUCUGAAAGAUUAUUUUGUACACGAGGAUAAAGAUGUUUUAUACAUUAAGAAUGAGAAGUUGAGGGUGAGAGCAGCUUGUGUCAAAACCCUUUACAAUGAACACAACUGUGGAAGAGAUUUUGGUAGCAACUUGGCUGACAGAGCAUGGGUCACUGAUAAGUUAGUUAAGAAGCUCUUCACAGAGCCUGACCUGAAGCUAGGUGCAGCCAGGGAUCAUAUCAUAGAUGAAUACAAUGUGAAGGUGAACAUUAGAAUGGUAGCUAGAGCAUUGAAGGUUGCGAGAGAGGUUGUCAUUGGGAGUGAAAAGGCACAAUAUGGAAAGACACGGGAUUACUUGAUGGAAUUGCACAGAAGUAACCCCGGAUCAACCGCGUUGAUGGAAGUAAUUCCCCAACCUGAAUCUCUGCCACUAUUCGAUAGGUUAUACAUUAGUUUGGAUACCUGCAAGAAGGGGUUUAAGGAGGGAUGUAGGCCACUAAUAGGGUUGGAUGGCUGCUUCUUGAAGGGACGUUAUGGUGGCCAGCUUCUUAGUGCGGUGGGCCAGGACGCAAAUAACCACUUCUAUGUCAUUGCAUAUGCAGUGGUCCCAAAUGAAUGCAAAGAGACAUGGAAGUGGUUCUUAACUUUAUUGAAAGAAGACUUGGGUGAAGAUUUGGAACUAGCAAUGAAGGAUGUCAACACUACUGCCCAUCACCGAAACUGUGUUCUUCAUAUUUGGAAGAACUUCAUAAAACAUUUCAAAGAUGAACAAACAAAGCAGAUGGUAUGGGAGUGCUCUCAUUGUACAACAAUUCAAGAAUUCAGAAGUGCAAUGGAGAAAUUGAAGAAACUGAAUGAGGGAGCCUGGGAGUAUUUGCAGAGGUUUGACCCGGGUGUGUGGUGCAAGGCCUACUUCAGCCAUGGGCCCAAAGUUGAUAACAUAACGAACAAUAUGUGCGAGGUGUGGAACGCCAAAAUUUUUGAAUACAGGAAGAAGCUAAUUCUAUCAAUGUGUGAAGACUUGAGGUGUUACAUCAUGAGAAAAAGGGCUAUGCACAAGAAGAGACUGGAGCACCACACUGGUAUAUUGGCCCCUGUGCAGCAGAAGAAGCUUGAUCAGUUUAUCAAGCCCAAGAGUACCAAGUGGAGAGCAACCUGGGCUGGUAAUUCUGAUAGAGUACUGUUUGAGGUUCAUAUGCAAAGGCACAAAGUUGGAGUAAACUUACAAAGCAAGACAUGUACUUGCAAUGUGUGGCAGCUAACUGGCAUGCCUUGCAGACAUGCGGUUGCAGCCAUGGCUAAGAUGGGGUUGAAGGCAGAGGACUUUGUGCAUAAAUGGCUCACUAUGGAUGCUAUCAAAUCAGGCUACUCUGUCUGCAUUAAUCCAGUUAACAGUGAAGAAUACUGGAAUCCAACUGAUUCACCAUAG